UUUUUAAUAUCCAUUGUUCAACAUAACUCUCUCUCCCUCUCUCUCUCUCCUCUGAAUAAAGAAAGAAGCUUGUUGUCUGUAGCUGAAGUUCAAUGAUCGGAGAGCUUGGAAGAAGAGGUUACAGAUUUGUUAAUGGAAUCCUUGAACAUGUUAAACUGUCGCCGAACAUCGCCAAAACAGUGAAGGGAAAGCUGUGGUUGGGGACAAAACUUGUUCAGUUUGGAAGUGAGAAGAUUUUUCAUAAGAUGUUCAAUCUCAAACAAGGAGAUAAGUUGUUGAGUUCUGCACAUUGUUAUUUGUCAACCUCAGCAGGUCCCAUAGCAGGUCUCCUCUUUGUUUCCACCCAUGUAGUUGCUUUCUGCAGUGACAGACCAAUCAUAAUUUCUUCUCCACAAGGAGAAUUAGGCAGAUUGUUUUACAAAGUUAUGAUCCCAGUGAAGAAAGUGGGGAGAGUUAACCAAAGAAACAAUGUAAGCAAUCCAUCAAAGAAGUACAUUCAAGUGGUGACUGUUGAUGGUUUUGACUUCUGGUUUAUGGGUUUUUUGAAUUAUGAGAAAGCAUUUAAGUUUCUCCAAAAGGGGGUUUUUUCUGAGGAUUGAGAAGAUUUGGCCUGAAG